AUGUUGAACAUUAAGAAAUGCUUGACUUCAAAUGAACAAUUUGCUUUGCUCACUUCAGAACACGAUAAACUAGCACAUUUCUUAGUGUUUGCCUUUGAGUCCUGGCUCUUCAAUAGAAUUAUCGAUGGGAAAUAUAUAAAAUUUAGAGUCCCUCAAUUUUGUCAUAUUGGCCCCACUGGAUGGCUACCCUUACAUAAUAUUAAUAAUAGCAAUAACAAUAGCAAUAGUAGCAAUGUCUACCACAACGGUAUUUUAGAAAUUAAUAAAUAUAUCGUUGCGUUCGUAAUAUGUUCCAUUGGUGCUGCUAUCAGCAGCGAGUUCUUACAACAAUGGUUGUCUCAAGGAAGACGUUCUUUUGAUUUGUUAGAUAUGGUUUGUAAUUUUAUAGGCUCAAUUUUAGGUAUUGGUAUAGCAUACUAUCAAGAAAAAUGA